CCCCCUUGGCUCGUCGUUACUUUGCCGAAUUCAAAUUCUUCGUUCUCUGAUCAGACGGAAAACCCUAAAAUGGGGCGUCGAACCGAUCGGGAAGCUUGGGUAACUUCUGCGUGUUUUCGAUUGAAUCUAGGGUUAGGUGUUGGAAUACGUUUCGGAUUGGAUAUCUAUGAUUCAGAAGCAUGAUGGACACGGUUCUGAGGAUCCUAAGCAAAGCACUGCUGAUAUGACAGCAUUUGUCCAGAAUCUUCUGCAGCAGAUGCAAUCCAGGUUCCAAACAAUGUCAGACUCCAUUAUUACGAAGAUCGAUGAGAUGGGGAGCAGGAUCGAUGAGCUCGAGCAGAGCAUCGACGACCUUAGAGCUGAGAUGGGUGUAGAAGGUUCUCCUCCUCCAGCCUCCAAAUCAAGCGAAUAACCCUAAGACUCCAAUCCGACCAUCCUCUACUUCAGAAUCUAUUCUAACUACUCUCAUUGAUAUCAUCACUCUUUAGACAGGUCAGUAUGCUGCAGCGUUUCGCAGAAGCUACUAUAUUUUUUUUUAAAAAGAUUCAGUGUUUGUGGUUCCCUUGAGAGACCGAUAUGGCUUAGUUUCUGUAUGAAUUUUGCUUUGGUUGAUUUUCUCUGUCUAAUUUGUUUUCACUAUAUUUAAUGUUAUGGGUCCUCAUCUAAUCAUUGGAAGAGAUGAUGCAAGUCUUUUUCUC